CGGGUAUAAAAGCGGCUCCCCCCGCCUCCCGCUCCUCCUUCUCCUCCUCUCACGGCUCCUCCGGAUCUCCUUCGCCAUGGGCUUCGGUGACCUGAAAUCCCCCGCCGGCCUCAAAGUGCUGAACGGCUUCCUGUCGGAGCGCAGCUACAUCGAGGGGUUUGUCCCAUCUCAGGCUGAUGUGGCGGUCUUCGAAGCCAUCUCGUCCCCGCCCCCUGCAGACCUGUGCCACGCUCUCCGCUGGUACAACCACAUCCGGUCCUACCAGAACCAGAAGGGCAGUCUGCCAGGUGUGAAGAAGCCUCUGGGGCAGUACGGCCCAGCCGGCGUGGCCGACGCCACCACGGGCCCCGCCCCUGCAGCCGAUGAUGAGGAGGAGGACGACGACGACAUCGACCUGUUCGGGUCUGAUGACGAGGACGCCGAAGCCGCUCGUCUGAAGGAGCAGCGGGUUGCAGAGUACGCCGCCAAGAAAGCCAAAAAGCCCGCCCUCAUCGCCAAAUCCUCGCUCCUAUUGGACGUGAAGCCGUGGGAUGACGAGACGGACAUGGCCAAACUGGAGGAGUGUGUACGGAGCAUUCAGAUGGAGGGACUCGUCUGGGGACAGUCCAAACUGGUCCCGGUCGGAUACGGCAUCAAGAAGCUACAGAUCGGAUGCGUGGUGGAGGACGACAAGGUGGGCACAGACAUACUGGAGGAUCAGAUCACAGCGUUCGAGGACUUCGUUCAGUCGAUGGACGUCGCUGCGUUCAACAAGAUCUAGAACAAAUGUUGCAUUAAUAAUAAAAAGCACUUGAAACACAAG